AUGCAUGGAAAUUCUGGGGAUGACCCAGAGAUCAGUGCAUGGAUGGCGAGGAUGGUACAGAAAACAAAAGAUGAGAUAGAAGAUGUAGAUUAUGAUGACACAACUUCUGAAGCAAGAAAACUUUUAGAAUCAUGGUCAAUUCAAACAGAAUCUUUUUGUCCGGAACCGAGUUCAACAAGAACCAAAGUUCCAACCAAACCAAAGAUGGCUGUAUAUAGAAAACUUGAUACACCAAUGAUGGUUGCGAAAAAGAUUGAGACAGAUCGUCCAUCAGUUGAUCCGACACUCAUCAUGGAAGCACGAAGAAAACACAUAUUAGAAAUGAAAGCACAACGUCUUGAAAGACAAGCAGCGAAGCAAAUGCAAAUUCCUACAAAAAAAGCACCUCCUAAAGUUGGAUUACCACCAAAAGUUUCUCUACCUGAUAUUGAGGGCGAUAUUAAAAGCUAUAAAGAAAGAAUUGCCCAAAAAACAGUAGAAAAAAUCAAAGAAUUAGAAGAGAAAAAUCGACAAUCCAUUCAAAUACGAGCAAUUGAAGAAAGUGCUCAACAAUCCAUCGCCAAAGAAGAAAAGAAACAAAUUAAGAAGCAAAAGAAACUAGAAAAGAAGUCGAAAGAAAUAAAUGAAGAAGCAAUGAAACAACAACUGCAACUACUAUAUAAAACACUUAGAUUACGAUUAAUACGUCGAUAUUAUACACUCUGGUCAUCAAGAUGUUCAUAUCAUUCCCAAAACUACAAGAGAGCUGCUGCAUUUAACAAUUUCCAAAAAAUGACUCAAUGUUUUUCAUUUUGGAGGUCUCGCUAUUACAGGAGGAAACAUGAAAGAGAACUUGAUGAGCUAGAAUCGCGUUUGCGAAAGGAUAAACAAAUGGAAGAAGCCGCAAUUAACUUUUAUGUUCGUCAUCAAAUGCAAAAAUCUUUUGUUCGAUGGACAUCGAGAUAUAAAGCUCAGAUUGAGAUGAAAAUCAUAGAAGAACAACAUAAAAAGAGAAGAGCUCUUCUUAUUAAUAAAAUUGAAGAGAAACAACAACAAAUUCAAAAUCAAACUGAAGAGAACCAAACAAAUUCAGAAAAGAGCUCUGUAAGUUCAUCUCCUCCAAGAAAAUCAAUGAUUCCGAAGUCCAAACCAAAACCUCUUAAAGUUGAUCCAAGAAUUGAAGCAAUGGAGAAGAGAGCUGAAGAACAAAGAAAGAAGAAGCUCGAGAAAGCAGCAAGAGAAGCACAAUUAGCUGAAAAAGAGGAAGAAGAAAAAGCGAAACUCCAAAUUGAAGAACAAAGAAAGAAGAAACUUGAGCAUAUGCAGUUCUUAGAAAAAGAAAAGAAGAAGAGAGAAGAACAACAAAAGAUGCAAGAAGAAUUUGAGAAAGCUCUUCAAAGAAAGAAAUAUAUCCAAACUGCAUCUAAAGAAUUUAGACUCAGAAGAAUUGUUUACAACCAAUUCAAGUGUUGGGAGAAAAUUUUGAAUAUUAGAAUUCAACUUGAAGAGAAAAGUGAAAGAUUUAGAGAGGAUAAAUUAUUAUCUUAUGGAUUAUUAGCUUUCAGGAUGAACCAAAAGGAUAAUGAAGACGAGAGAACUGCAAAGGCACAAGAAUUUUACGCAGAAAACAUCACAAGAAAGGCUUUCCUUGGUUGGCUUUAUUUGAGAAAUGUAACAGCGACGAAAUUUUUCAAUUGUCAAAAGAUGCAUAAUAAAUAUUUGCUCCACUCAACACUGCACGCGAUAAUUGUUGAAAAGAGGAAGCGGCAGAAAGCGAAAUUCAUGGCUGCUGUUCAACAAAUGAAUCGUUCGAUAAUGAGGAGAUGCUUCAGAGCUUGGCCUGAGGGUUGUGCAGCAGUUCGCGAUGAUGAAAGAAGAGUUAAAGAUAGAGAAGAUCUUAUGGCUAAAGCUUUGCAAAUGUUUGAUGAAUUAAGCGACGAUGAUUUCUAA